CGUCAAGUUCGAAUAUAUAAGCUCUUCAUGAAAAUAGAUUAUACACGAAAGAAGAAACCAAUUUUCUCAUAUUCUAUGUACAAAUUGUUAAAUUUCUCAUGUAGUAGAUGAGAUGGGAUCUACUAUAGAGUCCCAGUACUCAUUAUCCAUCUAAUCUAUUAAAAGUGAAGUAUAUUUUGUACUUAAUCCUGAAUUUUGCACAAUAAUUACGGUGAAAUAUCACUGCUUUUAAUUCUCGGUUACUAGCUAUCUAAUCUAUUAAAAGUAAAGUACAUUUUGUACUUAAUCCUGAAUUUUGCACAAUAAUUACAGUGAAAUGCCGCUGCUUUUAAUUCUCGGUUACCAGCUAUAUUAUUAUUCCAUAUCUAACCAAAUUCAAACGUCAUACAUAACCAAGUAUAUCUCUUUUUUUUUGUAACAGACCAAGUAUAUUCUCGGUUAGGUAUUAUUUAAACAAUCCAACUAUUUCUAUCCAAAAUUCAAUUAAAUACUUAUAUAUAUACCAUUUGGUUUAGGAACACAUACACAAUUGGUUUAGUGUUGUUAACAUAAUAGAAUCAAACAUUUCCAAAAUUCAAUUGACUACUUUUGUAUACAAAUUUUCUAAAACGUACCACAACAAAUCGAUCCAUUAUAUAACAUCGUUCUUCGAACAUGCCAUUAUAUGGUAGAAGAAUAUUAAAAAUAUAGUAAAACUAAUAUAAUAAGUUAAUAACCAAUUAUAUCUCGGUUUUAAUUAUAAUAUAUAUGUUUGUUCUGCUUUUAAAGGAAAAAAUAGAUUGUGAAUUAGGGGUGGCCUUUCGAAUAUCCAUUCGUAUUUGGUUCGGGUCUGUUUGGGUUUCGGGAUUCCGAGGUCAAAUAUUUCAGUCCCAUUCGGAUAUUUCUAAAUUUUGGUUUGGAUUCGAUUCAGAUCUUUGCGGGUUCCUUCUGGUUCAGAUAACCCAUUUAAUUAUUUUUAAAAUUCAUUAUAUACUUUAAAUUUUUCAGAAUAAUAUAUUACAUAUAAAUUUUAAUAACAUAUAUCAGAAUACCUAAACUUAACAUAUAAAUUGGUUUUAUUUAAAUAUUUGGAUAGAUAAUCAAUAAUUAUUUUAAGUAUUUUUGAUGUUUUGAAUAUAUUUAACUAUUUUAAAUAUUUACAUUUGACUAUUUAUAUAUAUCUUAAAUUAUUUAAACCAACUUAAAAGUACCUUAUAUAUUCUGGAUGUUUUUAUAUACAUUAAAUCUAAAAAUAAUAUAUAUAACUAUAUAAUUUUUUUCAAAUACAUUCGGAUAUCCGAAAUACUUCAGUUCAGAUCGGAUUCGGUUUCAGUUAUCUAAAUACCAAAAUUUUGAAUAAUUUGGAUAUUUAAUCAAUUUCGGUUCGGAUUGGUACUUUUUUUUGGAUCGGGAUCAAUUUAAUUUUUUGGAUUCGAGUUUUUUUGCCAAAUCAUAAUAUUGAAAUGAAAAAUAAAUAGCAAUCACAUUUUAUAAAAAUAUAUCUGCACGGGCGUGCGGGUCAAAAUCUAGUAUAAAAUUAUAGGAUCAUCCAAUAAAAAAAAUCACUUUAGUUAACAACUACUUUUGAAUUCAAAGCCAUAAUCCAUCAAAGAAGGGACAACUACUUUAAAAUUGUUUUCUUUUUAGUAGCAAGUGGUAAUAUUUGAUCCUUAAGAAUAUGAUAAGAAAGAAUUCUAACACUCAUCAACAUGAGAAUCCCUUUUUCCGGAUUAAUCCGGUUCUCUUCACUUUCACGCUGUGUAUCUUUUUUCUGAAACAUUUUUUUGACUAAAACUUUCUUUCUUUCUUUAUAUACAUACAAAAAUGUUUUCCUUAGUAUACAUACAAGCUUUCUUUAGUAUCUUUAAGAUCUUUUCCUACAACUUGUAAAUUUUUCAUGUCAUUUCGUCACUUUCACGCUACAUACAAGCUUUGUUACAAAAUAAUUGCUUACUUUCACGCGUAUUUUUGAUAUAUAUACUCGCAACUUAUGGUACUUUCAUGUCAUUUUCUCAAUAUAAAUUAGAACAUAUAGAUGGAAUCUGACAAUUGGGAUGCUUAGAUCCGAUUUAGUCUGAUGAGAACAUCAUGGUGCAUCUGUAGUUUAACGGCGUAAUAAAUAGCGUACCAAAUUUUCAACCAGCAAUACAUUAUCAACACAUAGACACGUUCCCUGUCGGAAGCUUUCUCAAAGAGAUGAGCAAUGUAAAAUAACUACGACAGGCAUUUAUUAAUCUUCGUUAAAAGCUUAUUGGUUGAACAAAUGUUAGGCACACGUUAAGACAAAACAAACAUUACUGAUAUUUUUCAAUGUUUUUAAGGUGACAAAGACUAUAUAUAACCUAUCUCUAUAGAAGCAAGGACCUAAAGCCAUUAAUUCGUCAAUUUAAAAAUAUGUGAAAUGGUCAAUGAUCAAAAAAAUUGUUCGAAACAUUUAGGAGUUAUAAAUCUAUCAUCAAUGGUACGGGCAAAAGCCAAAAUGAAUUGAGGAAACACUCAUUGUUAUUUCUUCGCAUUCUCCUACCUCUGAUGGCCAAUAAGCUUUUGUAUUUGGUAACUUUGGGCAUAUUUUUGCUGUUUACGGUGUCACGUGUUUGGUGGGAAACCGCGAACGGACCACAAGUUUACAGGAGAAACGAAUGGUUUGACAAGCUUUUCGAAUCUGGAUUUGCAUAUCUUCGUGUUGGAUUCCAUGAAGAUCAAAAGUAUUUUAGGUCUUGUUUUCUCCAAUAGAUGAUAAUUAGUACAUAUCCUUCUCAGUGUCGCGUUUGAAUACAUUGUCGAGCAAACAUGUAUUUUUAAGUUUGUCAAAAGAAAAAUAUAUAUUUUUAAGAAAUGUUCGUA